AUGGAGGAUGUGGAGACUGAACUGUCCAUUUUCGACCCAUUCCCCAAGCCUUCACUCCGGGCUCAGCCCAGUUCCUUGGUGCCCCUGGGGCAGUCAGUCACUCUGCGGUGCCACGGGCCUCCAAAUGUGGAUUUAUAUCGCCUGGAGAAUCUGGAAUCUGGGAACUAUAAAGAUGAAAAUAUUCUGUCUAUCCCAACCAUGAAAGCAGAUAAUGCUGGACGCUACCGCUGUUCCUAUCAGAACGGGAGUCUCUGGUCUCCCCCAAGCGACCAGCUUGAGUUAGUCGCCACAGGGCUGUCAAGAAAGCCCUCCCUGCUGAAUCAGCAAGGCCCUGUCCUUGCCCCUGGAGAAAACCUGGCCCUCCAUUGCUACUCUGAGAUCAGUUAUGACAAAUUUGCUCUGUCGAAAGAGGGUGGAAGUGACCUCCCCCAGCUCUCUGUGCAUCAGCCACAGACUGGACAUUUUCAAGCCAGCUUUACCUUAGGCUCUGUGAAUUUCUCCAUUGGUGGUCGGUAUAGAUGCUAUGGUGCACACAACUUCUCUUCUGAGUGGUCAGCACCCAGUGACCCUCUGGACAUCUUGAUCACAGGACAUCCUUCUGUCACUCCAAUUCUCUCAGUGCAUCCAGGCACCAAUGUGUCCUCAGGAGAGAAUGUUACCCUGCUGUGUCAAUCCUCGAUCCAAGUGGACACUUUCUUUCUGUUCAAGGAAGGUGCUGCCCAUCCCUACAUGCACCAAAGAUCAGAGUUCCAAGAUCCACAGCGUGAGGCAGAAUUCUCCAUGAGUGUGGUGACCCCGGCCCUUGGGGGUACCUAUAUGUGCUUUGUUUCUCAAAGCUCAUCUCCUUAUCUGUUGUCACAUCCCAGUGUCCCUGUGGAGAUCAAAGUAUCAGAACUGGAAAGGUACCAGAAUUUGCCAGUCUGGAUUUCCAUAACCUUCAUCAUACUCCUCUUCCUCAUCCUCCUCUUUCUUCUACUUAUAUUCAAGCAUCAGAAUAAACACAAGAGGAGAGUUCAGCAAAAGACUGACUUGCAACAUCCUGAAGAAGCUGCAGAGCCAGGGAGCAUGGUUAGACCUCUCCAGAAAAGAUCCAGUCCAGUUCCUGCAAACCAGGAAGAAAUCUUGUAUGCUACUGUGAUGAUCCGAAAGCCAACAGACAGCUUGGAGCUAGACACUCUGAGCCAACGAGAGGAUGACCCCUCCAUGCACUUGUAUGCCCAGGUGAAACGUUCCAGAAGGGCAGAGACCACCUCUCCUUCCCUUUUGCCAAAGGAAUUACUGGAUUCAAAUUACAGACAGGCAAAUGGAGGCCAAGUGAUAGACAAGCAGGCUAAUCCAUCUGAGGACCCUCAUGUUGUGACCUACGCCCAGCUGUGCAUGGCUCCAAAACGGGGGCAGGUGAAGCUCCCACUGUCCAAGCAGAGGAUUCUCACCUGACACCCUCCGCUGGUGGCUACCAGUCCAGGAAGAUCUACAGUCUAUAUCCUGUGAACAAGAGAGGACACAGACAUGUCAGAAAACAAGAUCUGCCUCAAGUGCUCAGUCAUUUUGCAGCUGUAACCUGUCUAGGAGAUUCUGAGAUUUUUGGGGACUCACCUGAUUCUGUAGCCAAAGACGUCCCUCCAUUUUAUAAAUAGGGCAAAUGCUUUGUCAGUAACUGAUGCAUAGAAUGAGGAAAGAAAAUAAGAGUGAAGAAACUAUU